AUGUCUUUCCUUGAGAAAAUCGUACAUCUGGCGGAACGACUCCCUGAGGGAAUCGAUCGAGCUCGAGAUGAGAUUAUAGGUAACGAUACUGCUCUGAUAUGCCAAAUCAAGGAACUCACCGUUAUCUUGUAUACAGGAAUAUUGGAACCCAAUCGUCGCCAUGAUUCCCCAGAGGAAAAGCUGAACGACGAAAUUAGGGCAGAAAUCAAUGCAAGCCAUCGUUUUGAAAGUUUUGCUGAUCAGAGGUCGCAAAAUUCCAUUAAAUGGCACAUCGAUGGGCAUGAUUACAUGUAUGCGUUGUCCGAGAUGCUUGACAGUGCUCAAGAUGCCAUCUUCAUACUGGACUGGUGGCUCUCUCCGGAGCUUUAUCUUCGUCGCCCCCCUGCAUACCACCCGGAGUGGAGACUUGACAGGCUUCUUAAACGAAAAGCUCAGCAAGGUGUAAAGAUAUAUGUAGUCGUAUAUAAAGAGGUUACUCAAACGAUGUCUAUGAGCUCAAAGCAUACCAAAUCUGUAUUGGAAGGCCUGCACCCCAAUAUCGCGUGUAUGCGUCAUCCUGAUCACAUUGGUAGUAAAGAUACCGUGGAGUUUUGGUCUCAUCAUGAGAAGCUUGUCAUCGUUGAUAACCAUCGUGCAUGUGUCGGAGGCUUGGACUUAUGUUUUGGUCGUUGGGACACACAUACUCACCCCCUCGCUGAUGUUCACCCUACUGACUUCUCGUUAACCCUUUUCCCGGGCCAAGACUACAAUAAUGCUCGUGUCCUGGAUUUCCAAGACGUUGGAAACUAUGUUAGCAACGCGGUUUCCAUUUUAGAAACUGCAAGAAUGCCUUGGCAUGAUGUACAUAUGACGAUAUGUGGUUCUGUUGUCUUGGACCUCUGUCAGCACUUUGUUGAACGAUGGAAUGAGGUGAAAAGGCGAAAGUACAAGAACGACGAUCUGUAUGAUUGGUUGGCAUUACCUCACAAUGUUUAUGUGUCUCCCAACGAAGCUGUCGUCAGACACCCUCAUCGAGAAAAAUGGCAUCAAAUGGGACGUCAAUUCAGGCAGCGCUUCCAUUUACCUCCUGGAGACGAAGUCGAAGCCCCGUACCAACCUGCUCCUCAUGGCACAUGUCGUGUACAAGCCGUUCGCAGUGUUUCUGAUUGGAGUCAUGGUGUGCUCACCGAACACAGUAUCCAGAACGCAUACUGCCAAAUGAUUCGGGAGGCCAAUCACUUUAUUUACAUCGAGAAUCAGUUCUUUAUAUCCAACACCAGGGAAGAAGGUCCUGUGAAGAAUCUCAUUGCUAAAGCCCUUGUCGAACGAAUUCUCCAGGCAGCCCACGACGGUAAAAAGUUUAAGGUGAUAGUUGUCAUUCCAGAGCUCCCUGGUUUCGCUGGAGAUGUGAAGAAUGAAUCGGCGUUGAAAACCAUCAUGGCUGCGCAGUAUCGAACUAUGAACCGUGGCGGUCACAGUAUAUAUGAGGAGAUCCGCAAAGAUGGCUAUGAACCGUCGGAAUACAUUCGUUUCUUCCAUCUUCGUUCCUACGAUCGGCUUAAUGCGCCAUUGGAAACUCUGAUCUCGAAGAUGGAGCAAAACUCGGGGGUAACAUUCCAUGAAGCACAAAUCGCUCUUGCUCGCCAAUGGAUCGGCAACACCUAUCAGGGAGAAGAUGCCCCUAAAGAAGUCCUUGUUAAAGUCCCUCAAGAAACCGAAGAAGGUCUUGUUGUUAGCGAGCAGACAGACAUUCACAAGGAGAAGGUUCCAAUGCCGGCGUCAUAUGAUGCUGCUGUGAACGUCAUCGAAAGAUUCGAGAGUGGGGCCGAUGACAUACGUGGGGAUGAAGAGGUCGCUGACACUGUUGGCCAGCACAUGCUGCAGGACGCUACCGAGCUGUGGGACGAACGUUGGCUUGGCACGGAAGAGGAAGAACGUAACUCUUACAUAUCAGAGCUUCUCUAUAUCCAUUCCAAGGUCAUGAUUGUUGAUGAUAGAAGGGUUAUCAUGGGAUCCGCUAAUCUCAACGAUCGCAGUCAAAGGGGUGACGGAGACUCCGAGAUUGCCCUUGUAGUGGAAGACGAUGACAUGAUUCAUUCGUCCAUGGACGGACGACCUUAUAUGGCUGCUCGGUUUGCCGCAACCUUCCGUCGCAAACUCUUUAGGGAGCACCUGGGUCUUAUUGAGCCUCAAAUGUGUCAGUCUCGCAAUGAGCAAGUGACGUCCUUCAUGAGGGCCGCUCCCGAACCCAACGAAGAUGAGACGAACUCCCCAGAGGACGAUGCCGUCGCUGAUCCCCUCUCAGACGAGACUCUCGACCUCUGGUACUCCACUGCAAGGAAGAACCGUGAGGCGUUCACGGAGAUUUUCCGUCCUGUCCCGACAAACCUUGUUCGAGACUGGUCGGCGUAUGAGCGCUAUAUUCCCAAGGUCAAGGCUGGCCACGUAGUUCCUGACAUUCCUUUGAAACGCGUUAAAGAUCGUCUCUCCACUAUCAAAGGAUCUCUUGUUGACUGUCCCAUGGACUUCCUUAUUGACGAUAAAGAUUUUGUUGAAGGUAUCGAUUGGAUUGGGCUCAACCCAACACUUCCUAUCUAUUUAUAAGAACUCAAACUAGUAAGAACGGAUAUACAAGAUCUAUGUGUACGAAAUGACUACUGUAAAAGUAGACGUGUAUUGCAUUUAUGAAGCGGAUGGAUAUGUACUGAUACAUGUGUCAAUGUCAAGAAAAUGUGCUACAGAGAGAAUAAG